AAGAGGUUUGCGAUCUUUGACUUGACAUGGUGGUGUCCGAGGAAUGGAAGUACAUGUCCACGUUAGUGCCGCCACAGUACCCCUGUGUGCGGCGUCCAGGGGCAGACACGUCGACGCGCAUGGUGCUAGACGGCCGCCUCGACAAGGACGAGUGGGAGCACGCACAGUGGACGGACCUGUUUGUCGACAUUGAAGGUCCGGCAAGGAAGCCCAAUCCGUCGCAAAGGACCCGUGCAAAGAUGAUGUGGGAUGACAACUAUCUGUACGUCGGCGCCGACAUGGAAGAGUCACGGGUGUGGGGCACCUUCACGGACAAGAACACUGUGAUGUACCACGAGAACGACUUUGAGAUCUUCAUCGAUCCCGACGGCAGCCGCCACAACUACUAUGAGUUUGAGAUGAACUGCUUAAACACGAUAUGGGAACUGCGCCUCCGUCGGCCGUACAAGGACGGCAACUCCAUCGACAACCCGUACAAUCUGUCGGAUAUCCAUUCAGCAGUGUACAUUGACGGCACCCCCAACGAUCCUUCCGUCACAUGUUCAAAGUGGAGUGUCGAAGUCGCGAUUCCAUUGCGCGAACUGGUCCAGUUUGACGAGCGACGUCGGCGUCACGUGCAAGCAGGGGACGUGUGGCGGAUGAACUUUUCUCGCGUGCAGUAUGACCUCCUCGUGCAACAUGGACGGUACGUCAAAGUGCCAAAUCAACGCGAAUACAACUUUGUAUGGGCCCCCACGGGAGUGAUCGACAUCCAUCGACCCGAGAAAUGGUCCUUCGUCGCUUUUCUUGGCGCCACCGCUGUGGACAAAGCGAUGACGUGGCAAGCGCUACGAGCGGCAGUGGACCAAGGCUUAGCCGUGGAAAUGCUCCUGGACCAAGUGUACUACGACCAACGGGCGUUCCAUGACGUGCAUGCCAGGUAUGCGGCGACGUUGGCCGAGUUGCACCCUACGUCCACGGGGACACCGUCGCCGCCGCCUGAACAUCCCAUUACGUUGGAGUGUGCGACAGACCUGCAAUCAUACGUGGUGGUUGUCGCAGCCCGAGGACACGUGCAUCGAAUGACCCAUGACGCCAAGUACACGAUCACGUCGGAGUAAGAGUUGCGUCCAGACGAAGGAACGUAGCAUGUCCGCCUUUGACAAGUGUCCUUCCAUCACGGUGUGGGAGCGGUGACACUGACACGACCAACCUGGAUCUAACAUAUUGCCAUGAAUACUAAGAUUAUGCUUGAAACGGGCGUCGAUGCACGUUCGACAUGUACACCGUCCGAUUGAGUAUUUUGGACAUUUUUGGAGUAUUUUUAGAUAUUUUUA